UAUACAGUUUAAUAAAUUAGUACAAUUUUGAAUUUUAAAGAUAGAUAAAGGUUUUAGAUAGACGAUAGAGAAAUAGACAAUAAUAAUAAUCAUAGUAAAAUUGUUGUAGAUAAUUGAUAUAAUAUUGUAGCUAGGUAUAUACCUAUUUUGAUUGUUUAAUUUGUUGAAUUCUUUUUUAUUUACUUAUAUCUGUACAUCUGUUUCAAACGUAUACAGGUGUGAUUUAGAUAACACGUCCCGUGUAUUAAGAUAAUCAAAUUUGGUACCAUACUUCUAUUUGAAUUUGAAAACAAAAAGCUGAUAAAAUAUUGAAAAUGGAAACUCUGAAACCUAAAUGUGUAUACCAAGAAGAACGUUGGACACGUUCCUUGAUUACAAUUGACAAUUUACCAGAUAAUUUUGAACAUUUAAAAGUUAAUAACCAUUCCAAAAUCCGAAACAUGCUUGGUUUUGCAGUAAAAAGUUUUGAACACUCUAAUCACCUAGUAUGUAGUGCCAGUGGUCCAUCAGUUAAUAAGGCUGUAACGUGUGCAGAAAUAUUGAAACGACAGAUGCCCGAGCUUAAACAAGUCACUGGUAUUGGAUAUAGAAACGUAAGAAUGAUUAAGGAUGAGAUGAUUGAUGGUAAAGUCUCUCAAUCAAUUACAACAAGAAGAUUACCUUCAAUCCACAUUCUUUUAUCCAAAAACCAUCUUCAUCCUAAUUUACCUGGAUACCAAGGAGCUGAUAAGGUAUCCGAUCAUGUUAGCAGACCAGUGCCUCGCAAAACAUUUGAAAAGAAUGAUUACCGCGGUACUAAGGAGAGUAAAGUUAUGGCUCUUUAAUUGAUGUUGUUCCAUCCUCUUCAGUUCUUAUACCUUGCAUAAUUGCAUCAGGCAUAGGCACAAUCAGAUUUUCUUUAGCCAUUAAGCUGUAUUUAAUCACAAAUUUUGUAAACCUCUGGCAUAAGUAUGUUUCAUUCUGUAAUAUUUAUCAUUUUAUACAAUUAUAACCUAUUACAUAAUUAUUAAUACACAUUGUAUCUGUAACUACUUUUAAUGAAAUAAUAGUUUUAUAUUUUGAAUAUUUUACCUCAAA